UCGCCUUUGGGCUGAAAUUGCCGAGAAUCUAAAUGCCUGUGGAAAGGGUUUCUUUGUCGACGACCGCCUUUGUCUUGAACACAUACAUUACAGCCAGAUCCCGUUAGCGAAGGUUAAAAAGCGAACCUCAGGCUGCAAAGGCAAAUGCCUUGAGGCCGUGAGGUUGGAGUUUCUCUUUGAAUUGCCCGAUGAUGUUGUUAUUAGGGUAAUCAGGCGUGAUCAGAGAUUAGCGCAAUCUAGCCUAAUCUCCUAUGGCAUGUCUGGCUGACCUACCACAGCAGGUGUUACAGAAUUUGUUAUCGUUACUCCUGCCUGUAAGUGGCACAUCAUCUGACAAAAUCAGAGUGUACUCAAUGUAGGCCUAAUGGCAAUGCUUCAGAUGAAGACCUGAUUGGUCCUGUUGGAUGCUUGUUUCUAUAUUGCAAUAUUGUAGUUGAUCAUGGUGCAGGAUGUAACUGCUUUUUCGGACUGUUUGUUUAUAGUAGGCCUAUGUGAAAAAAACAUUUUUUUUUUUUCAUAGUUUUUCAUCAGACUGGUUAAAACAUGUACCUUGCUUUUUAAGUAAGGCCUGUAAACAAUAAUGAUGUAGGGGCCUUGAAGGCUUUAAACAAUAUAUUGUUCCGCCCUGCGAAGAGCGAUCGUGUGCAAAGCGGUGGGACAGAAUGGGGUACAACUAGAUUACCCUGGGCUCACUGUAAUCCAUCCGAAUUUGACCACCCCCACCCUUACUCGAGGAGCCUUGCCUCUGUCUCGACCUAACUUGAAAAUAGUACACAUCCCUGCGACCUAUAUAAUGUAUGCUAUUGCGUGGCCUACUUACUGACACAGACUCCCUGUAGCCAGGUCAGAACUAUCCGUCCAAUUUCAACUUAAGCUAAAAAAAUUGCAAUGCAUCAGGUGUGGAUAUACUGCCUAUCCUGCAAUGUCCAGUUUAGCAUGAAGCAUGCUGUUUCAUCUUUACCUGUUCUGUUAACACACAGACCAUGCAGACCUUGACCUAGGAAUUUUAUGGUCAGUCUGGGGUGAAAUCCCAAGGUGUAUUGUAACAGUGACAAACAGGAAUAUUGCUUCAAAUCUGCCAAGGGUUUGUAGAGUGACUUUGAACAAAAAUUGCAUGGACAUCAGAUAGAAACCAAUGUAGAAGCAUACACUGCUUCUCUGCAUCACAAUCAUUGAAGCAACUGUUCCUUGACCAAUCCAUGACUCAUCAUUAUAUAACAUUAUAUAACAAUUCAUGGCACGAAUUCAGCAACACAUUGAGUGCAUUCGAUCUAAUCCACUAAUCCACAUACCCAUAUUGCACCAAGUGUAAUGAACCCAGUAAGACAGGUAAACCUAACACAGCAGGUGGUGUCUGUAGUGCAAUAGCAGAUGUCUAGGAGGAAGGCCUUGGAGUGCAAUCAAUCAGCUUAUCUGACCUAUUAUAAACAUCCAGCUGAGAGGCAUUCCACCUAUUUUGCUCAUCUUUCGCUAACGGGGUCUGGCGGUCAUGGACCUGCUUAUGAAGAAAUUCAAGAAGGACGAUCACGAAAGUAGAAAGAAGUGAGUCCAAUGUACUGCAAUGUCGGGAAAGAGACGUAUUUACAGAAUGUCAAGUAGGUCUGGUGUAAAUGAGAACUUCGACGAGCUGACGCAGCUCCUGCUGGAUUUAAAAGAACUUCAAGCUGAGCAAGGGAAAGAGGUUUCGGUAAAGAAGGAAACAGAAAAAGCGAAGGCUGAGAAGGUUCGAACGAACACCCUAAAGGGCCUGAGAAAAAGACCAGCAUCCACAGAAGAUGAAAAUGAGCCUAAGCCGGGUCCAUCAACCGAGUCUGGUCCUUCACCGAAGAUGAGGAAGAAACCCAAGGAUGUCACGCUCAUGUAUCUUGAAAAAAGUGCGAAAAUGAGCUGAAAAGGGAAGAAUUGGCAAUGCGACGGGAGGAGAUGGCUAUCGAAAGGAGGAAAAUAGAACUCGACGAAAAAAAGCAGGAAUUGGAAAGGAGGAGAGAGAAAGCCGAAUGGCAUUGGAAGCGGAAGAGAGAAGAAUAGUGAUGAUAGUUUUAAAGAAACAGCUUGGUCUGUAACUGAUUGUACGAUAUGUCAGGAGUCGUGAUGGUUUUGUAGAUGGUAGUUUCACUUUUUUUUUCAAAGUAGUCGUUCAAUAAAAAAUAUAUAAAGUACAAUAUAGAAGGU